UUUUUUAUCACGUUAUCAGCACGACGGUUGCUCCGUGUAAAACCCUAAUUUCCAUACCGGAUACCAUCUUUGUUUCUUUCUAGUCAAACGGAACCGUAUUCUCUUCCAUAACUUAACACUAUUAAUCGCCACGGUUAACAUACAUGACCUUCAAUCCCUUUGUUACCAUUCAAUAUGCUGCAUACCACGUUUUGUUCUCUGCCACACCGCAUCAAGUCAAUGGCUUUGACUUUUGUAUCAUCAGCGCUCAAGGAAACAUCAAAAGCCACGGUGAUUCAGACCAUGACAGGCUCUAGUCAACGAAGGUAACCCGAUUUAUUUUGAAAUAAUAUGAUACUUUAAAAUAUUACUUGGAUUUAGGGGGUUAAGUUUUCUAGCAAUUGGGGGAAGAGUUGAUUACGGGAAAGUAGUGAUACGCGUUUUCUCGAAAUUAUCGGUUUAUAAUAUCUAUAAUCUGGAUUCUUUUCUUUGGGUAUAUAACUUACCGGCGUUUAAUGUUCAUAAUUAAGAAGAAGUUGUUGGGAUAAUAGGUCCUGUAAAUUGUUCUUCUACUAACGAUUUUUUUUUUUUGCUAAAGCCCUGCUAACCGACUUUGACUACCCCACAUUAUUUUUUUCAGUAAUUAUUUCAAAUAUCCCCAUUAAUUUAUUAUUUUUCUUUGGAGCCCAAUUCAAUAACACAAUUAUUCUAAUCAAUACUGUAUAUAUAAAUACGAGAUUACACAAUGGAAAUUCAUGAUAAACAUGCUCCGUUGGUUUAUAAGUUUAGAUCUGUAAGAAAUUUUUUUUAAGUGAAAUUUAAUAUGAUAUUUAUGGGCCAUUAAUUAUUUGUGAAACAGUGUUUAUUACUAUUAUAUUCAUGAUCAUGGAAAUUCAUUAUAAUAUUUAUGUAAUAUAUAGCUUAUUUGUGACACAAGGUUUACUAUAAACAAAUUAUCUAAUUUGUUUGCAAGAUUAUGUGUCGAACUAUUGCAUCAUUUUAGAAUUAUACUUAUAUUAAUAAUUGUAUAAAUAUUCUUAUUAGUAUUAUAGUCAAAAAUAUAUUUAAAUUUAACCUUUUUAAGGAAGAUUGUUCUUCAUAUUUGGAGGAAUGUAUUUUAAUCUCAUGAUUUGGUACAUCAUGCAUGCAUUAUACAAUUUUGUAGUAUACAAUAGUUAACAAUUAUUAUACUAGGAUAAAGUUUGUUUAGUAUUUAAUAUGUCCAUGUAUAUUCGCUUCUAAUGUGCAAUACUUGUAUUUGACAUAUAAAUUUUAAUAUGAUUGUUCGUAACAAUUUAACUAGAAAUACAAUAUGAUACGUGUAUGUUUAUAGUGUUCCUAUUUGAUAUAUAAGAAUAAGAAAUUUCGGUGCCUUAUAUGACAUUUCAUGACAUGUUAUCAUAUAAUUUUUAAUCCUAGUGAUGACAAAUUACUGCUGUAUUUUUAGUAGUAAAAAUCAUAUAUUGAUUUACUCAUAUUUCUUUAUACAUGUUAUAUCGCUUUUAACCAAGGUGUAUGAUUUGAAAACUAACGCACACGAUAUAUCAACACUCUCUGAAUCUCAUUAUCAAGUUAUAAACGAUCGUAAGAUGUUAGGCCGAUAAAUGUUAUUAGACUCGAACAUUUAUUUACUUCUCAAUUGGUGUAUUUUAAAGAGAAGAUUAUUUAUGAGGAAAACGUUGAUAAAAAAAUGUCAUUUGUCACAUUGUGAUAUACUCCUGAAGUAGCAGUAUCAUUAGAGAGUAUAUGAAAAGUUUAAAAUAAUUUUACAUUUGUGUAACCAAUGAAUAAAAUCCAUGAGGCUUGUUUCGGCUCAACUACAUUCCCUGAAGCAAAUGUGAUUUUAUAUUGUAUGGUGUAAAGGUAACGAUUAUGGAGAGAAUAUUAUGACGAUGAGAUCGACCAUGAGAAUCAAUAAUGUUAAUAAUGAUAUUGACCACUAGAAGUGGCAAAUUAAGGGAGUAGUUACUUGAAAAUAAAAUGUGAGAAGCAUGAAGUGAUAACAUGAUAGUUUGAAAUGAUAAGGCAUUGUUCUCAUUAUUAUUGAAAUGAAAGUUUCAUUUUACUUCAUUGCAUUAACUUUUAUUUAUUUAUUUUAUUUCCUGAAGAAAUAUGUAUGCUAGCUCCAGCAGAGCUAUUAUUGGUGAUGAAUGUCUGGUAGAUAGCGGUAGUACUAACACUAUUCUCAAAGAUAUGAAAUUUUUCUCUGAGUUGUCUCCGGCAGAGACACCGAUUAGUACUAUAUCUGGUGUCAGUAACUUUAUCGAAGGCUCCGGCAGAGCACACAUAACAUUAUUUUCGGGUACCAAAUUAACUAUUGAUAAUGCAUUAUAUUCUAGUAAAUCCAGAAGAAAUUUACUUAGCUUUAAAGAUAUUUGAAAAAAUGGUUACCACCUAAAAACAAUAUUUGAAAAUAAUAUUGAAUAUCUUCAAAUUACUUCAAACAAAAAUGGCCAAGAAACAAUUGUUGAACAAUUAGAAGCCUUAUCCUCUGGAUUAUAUUGUACUAAUAUGAAUUCUAUCGAAUCAUACAUGGUGAGUAACCAAAAGCUGUUAGAUAAAGACACAUUCAAUAUAUGGCAUGACCGUCUAGGUCACCCUGGUAGCAUAAUGAUGAGACGAAUAAUCUAAAGUGCAACCGGGCACCCUCUCAAAAAAAAAAAAAAACUUAAAAGUUUUGCUACCACAAGAGUUAUCAUGUGCAGCAUGCUCUCUGGCAAACUUAUAACUCGGCCCUCACAAACUAAAUUGAUACAUGAAAUCCCAUCAUUUUUAGAAAGAAUCCAAGGGGAUAUUUAUGGGCCUAUUCAUCCUCCGUGAGGACCAUUCCGCUAAUUCUUGGUCUUAAUAGACGCAUCCUCAAGGUGGUCACAUGUGAGUCUUUUAGCUACUCGAAAUGUAGCAUUUGCCCGACUUUUAGCUCAAAUCAUACAAUUUAAGGAGCUAAAGUUUAUGUCUUUAAAAAAUUUACCAAAUCUGGUAAGCUUGUUCGUUGUUGACAAUGUAGUCGAGCUACCUCAACUCGUUAAAUUGGAAGUUGAUGGGCUUCCCAACUUCACUACCAUUUAUCCUGACAAGAACAACUUUUCUGCAUUCUUGAAAAGUGAGGUUAAAGUUGCAAAGCUGGAGAAAUUGAAGAUUAUUCGAAUGGAGAAGUUAAAGCAAAUAUGGGCACCUGAUAUUCAGGAAGUUAAUGAGAUUUCUAUGCUAAGAGAGAUUGAAGUGGAGAGAUGUGAUAGUCUUGUAAAUUUGUUUCCAACUAAUUCAAUGAGAAAAAUGAACCAUUUAGAAAGGCUUAUAGUUAAAGAAUGUGGUUCCCUUGAAAUGAUAUUCAACAUCGAUUUGGACUAUGUUCGUCAUGAAGUUGAGCAAGUUAGCAACAACAGCAGCUUAAGAAGCAUUGGAGUGUUUAAAUCAUCGAAUCUAAGAGAGGUGUGGAGGACGAUAGGUGAUGAAAAUAACUCUAGUAGUAGUGGUAGUCUUUUAAUCAGUGGCUUUGAAGCUCUUGAAAGGAUAUAUGUUGAAAGUUGUACGGGGUUUAGAAGUUUAUUCACACCAUCCAACACCAAUGUCAAACUUGAUAUGAGAGCACUAACAACCAUUAUCAUUCGUAACUUCCUAGAUAGAGAGCAGUUCCAGGCUCUGCUACAGCGUAAGAGAAAGGGAGGAGAUAAUUUUUCUAGUGAUGCAAGCCCAUCGAAUGUCAUGCAGAAACAACAUGAUGAUAAUCUUUCUAGUAUUGUAUUUCCAGGCAACCUCUUGCAUUCUUUCCAUUACCUUCAAAGACUUGAUAUGAUGGGUUAUGAUGGUGUGGAAGUGGUGUUUGAAAUAGAGAGUCCAAGCAAUGGAGAACUGGUAACAACUACAAAUAAUCAACUGCUGCUACCCAAUCUUCAAGACUUAAGCGUAUGUCAUAUGGAGAGGAUGACUCACGUGUGGAAGUGCAACAAUUGGAAUAAAUUCUUAACCCUUCAAAAACAAUCCUCAUUCCACAAUCUCACAACCAUAUCGGUGGCAGAGUGUCCGAGGAUUAAGUACUUGUUUUCACCUCUCAUGGCGAAAUUUCUUACCAACCUAAAGAAAGUCUACAUAACCUCUUGUGAUGGUAUGGAAGAAAUUGUUUCAAAGAGAGAUGACAAAGAUGAAGAUGAAGAAGUGACUACACCUACAUACAACUACAAUUUAUUCCCUUAUCUUCAUUCGCUCGGUUUCUAUUCGUUGAGGAAUCUAAAGCGUAUCGGGGGUAGUUGUGAUGAUGAAAAGGGUACAACUAAUGUCAUUCAUGAUCAAUUACAGUUUCCCAAAGUCGGUCUUGUUUCAUGGUCCUUAUGCCAGUACUCUAGAGAGAUACGUAUAACGUUGUGUGAUACGUUGUCAAGUGUGAUUCCAUCUUAUGCAACAAGAGAAAUGAAUAAUCUCAAAUGUUGGAAGUAAAUGAUUGUAAAUCGUUGACGGAGGUAUUUGAAACUCAAGGGAUCAACAACAAUGGUGGUAGUAGUAUUAACAAUGAUGGGAAAUGGUGCUACUUCUACUACAACCCUGGCCAUUCCAAUACUAGAAAAUACUAAUCUGCCUCGACUUUUUAACUUAAAGAAACUGAUAAUCAAAUCUUGUAACCUUUUACAACAUGUAUUCACAUUUUCCAUGCUUGAAAGCCUUAGACAACUUGAAGAGUUGAUGAUAAAGGGAUGCAAGUCAAUGAAAGUAAUUGUGAAGGAAGAAAUUGGAGAGCAAAGCAAGGUUGUGGUCUUUCCUCGUCUAAGGUUCCUUGUACUAAAAGAUUUACCUAAUCUAGAGGGGUUCUUCUUGGGGAUGAAUGACUUUCAAUGGCUAUUAUUGGAAAAGGUUAUGAUUGAUGACUGCCCACAAAUGAUGGUAUUCACAUCUGGACAGUCGACGGCUACAGAGCUCAAGUAUACAAGGUUAAACUUGGACCAGUUAUCCCAAGUCAUUAUUAGUUUUUGAUCGUUAUACCAAUACUCUAGAGAUAUAUAUAUAUAUUGGUGUCAUGGACUAUCAAGUGUGAUUCCAUCUUACGCAGCAAGACAAAUGAAAAAUCUUCAAGUGUUAGAAGUAAGGUAUUGUGAUUCAUUGAUGGAUGUAUUUGAAACUCAAGGAAUCAACAGCAAUGAUAGUGGUCAUAGUGGUGGCGGUAGUACCAACAUUGAUGAAGGUACUGAAACUACAACACUCGCCAUUCCAAGACUAGAAAAAAUCAACGUGCCUGAUCAGCUGUCCAACCUAAAAAGAUUGGUAAUCACAUCUUGUAACCUUUUACAACAUGUAUUUACACUUUCCACACUUGACAGCCUCUCAUACAACUCGAAGAUUUGAUUAUAAGUGACUGUAAGGCAAUGGAGGUAAUUGUGAACAAAGAAAAUGGAGAGCAAAGAAAGGUUGUGUUUCCUCAUCUAAAGUCCCUUCAGUUACUCAAUCUAGAAAAGCUAAAAGGAUUCUUCUUCGGGACGAAUGACUUCCAAUGGCCGCUACUAAACAAGGUUAUAAUCAGUCAAUGCCCACAAAUGUUGGUGUUCACAUCGGGUCAAUCCACAGCUCCAGAGCUCAAGUGCAUACAUACACACUUAGGCAAACAUAGCCUUGAAUGUGGUCUUAACUUUCAUGUGACGACAGACUUCCAUCAGACACGAACUAUCACCUGUAGUUUCAGCCAAUUUGGUUAUUCCUCAUAGCCCCGAACGAGCAGGAGAAGACCAUGUAUGUAACAUCCAUUGAUCAGCAAGAGUCAGUUGCUAGCAACGUAUAUCAAAGGAAAUAUUAUGUGACACUACGUAUGGUGAUGAAGAUUUUUUCAAGAACACAAACCCACUGAGAGCGACCGAUGUAGUUGUAAAGUACUCGAGGAGAGUUGACAUAAGAUUCUUGUGAAGUAUGUUGAAACACGGUGGCGUAGAGAUGCUCUUCUAUCCAGCGUUCAUAGCAUGGACAACAAAUUAUUGUUAUUAGAGAUUUUAUUGUGCAACAUAUGAGGAUGACCAAGAAGAAACUGAUGUAGAAAGUGAUGAAUAGGUCAUUGUUAUUAUUACUAGCUUCCAGUUAUUGUUAUUGAAACUUAUAUUGUGCACUAGUUUGUCAUUGGGUUCAUGCUAGACUUUGUGUUUACUUUUAAA